UAAAAUCUCGAUGAUUAGUAUUUGAAAAACAGAAUGCAACAUUUAUAUAUUAGUUCAUAAAAACAGACUUUAUGAGAGCGGUUUGUCUUUGCGGAAUUGCUUAGUUUCUUCACUGCAUGCUGCUUAGAGCACUUUAAAUCAUUAUUUUUUCGCCUUUUGACUAUAAAACGCCUUGAUAGGAACGGUUAAUCUUUGCGGUCAAGUCGAAAUUGCGUAGUUUCUUCACUUCAUGCUGUUUCAGAGCACUUUAAAUCAUUACUUUUCGCCGUCUGACUAUAAAACGCCUUGAUAGGAACGGCUAGUCUUUGAUGGCCACUUGAAAUUGCGCAGUUUCACUGGCUACAUGGUGUUUCAGAGUGCUACUAAACAUUAAUUUUUACCCUCUAAUCAUAAAACGACUCAAUAUAACGGUUAGUGUUUGCGGUCAAGUCGAAAUGGCAUAGCUGUAUAGCCCCAGGCAAUCCAAGAAAAGCUACAUAACCAUACGAUCGCCGCUUAGCGGAACGCAUAAACACAGCGGAUAAAGAUUAUUGCAAUCACUGAGUUCAAAAGACAUUUUGGAGAAGUCAUUUCCAAAGAAAGAAGGAGARAGAGCGAAGAACUGCCUUCAUGCAAAGGCGAUUUGAACUCAAUCAUCUACAUCAAAACAACAAAUAUAUAAAAAGAGAAGAAAUACAAGGAAGAAACAGCAGAAGAAACGAAGAAAAAAAGAAAGAUAAAUUAACUACAAGCAGAAAGUGACCAAAUCUAAACAAUAUAUACAGGAAAGAUAAACUUGAAUCAAAAGAAUGGCCGUAAAAAUCACUAAAUGACCGAAGAUUAAAAAGAAAUUUAGAUAUAAUUAAAAAGAGUGACAUCUGAACGUCAAGGAACUAGUACAGAACUCUAAUACAUCUUUAAAAGGAAAAAAGUACAACGAUUAAGAAAGACUUCGUGUCGAAUAAAACGUCCAAGAUGAAUGACACAUCAGAAGUAAUCUUCAAAGUUGAACCAAUGRACACUAAGAUUGUAAAAGCCGUAGCAGCAGGCGUGGUCACYUUACUUUCCAUAUUUGGCAACAUYCUGGUCAUCUUAGCCGUUUGGCUAAUACCCCGGAUGAAGACAAUCACCAAUUAUUUAAUCGUAAACAUGGCGGUAUCUGAUUUGCUGUACGUUUUGAUCGCCAUGCCUCCACUCUACAUCGAGAUCUUUGAWUUAUUUGAAUGGGUGACAAGCAAUUACUGGAGCACKCUCUAUGUAUGCAAAAUAUUCCAUUUUGCUCAAUACUUUCUUAUCGGAGCAUCGGUUCUCACUCUAKCUUGCCUAGCUCUUGACCGGUUUGUCGCCAUUGUUUUUCCACUCAGAAAGCUUUUYACRAAGCAGGUUUUCUACGUKGUAGUGGCGGUGGUAUGGGUAGCAGCCGCUGGCCUAGGGGCGCCYGCAUUGUACGCCUGGAAGCCUGUAUAUUAUGAAGGGUAUGGYUACGGAUGUGUAGAAGAGUGGGCAGUAGAUAUGGAWGAAUCAGAAARGAUCUCYAGGGUGUAYUCUGUUGUGCUUUUCUCUGUGGCGUACUGCCUCCCCUUCUUGUCAAUCACCAUUAUGUAUUUCAUAGUUUGUCGACGGGUUUGGAAACGAAAAGUCAUCAAAAGCCGUCACAAGAAGCAAUAUCGUAAAGCUAUCGAGUCUCGGAAGAAGGUCGUCAAGAUGUUAAUAACCGUAGUUAUUGCAUUCGUSCUGUGUUGGCUACCACUUCAAAUCGCCACGUURCUGUGGCAUGCCGGGGUURAAAUAUCUCGAAAAACAGAUUUCAUCUGUAAGUUUUUAAUGCGAAUGCACACGGCAACAAGUCCUCUGAUUUACGCCGCGUUUAGUGAGAACUAUCGAAAAGGCUUUCAUAUAGCGUUAAAAUGCUGCUUUGGUAGGGAAACAGCUCUGACGCGAAGUCUGACCAAGUUGUCACAGCGCAUGACUCUCACAACUCGUCGGAGUUCUAACUUCAAGUCUGGAUCACGUGACAAUACAACACCAGAUGAYGUUGUACACAAUUGUGACGCRCCAAAGAAUCUGCAGACUCAUGAACUUCUCAAAGAGUGUACAACUAAUGAURAAUAAAUUCACAUCAUUUUUCAGAAAAAUUGUAAAAUGGAACUUUUGCCCCAUGACACGGAAUCCGGACCUUUACUGGUUCCGCAUUUCAUACUUCUUGAUAAAAGAUUUCAUGAGAAUAUUUUUCAAUGAUUUUGYAUUCCAACAUAUUUGAUUYAGAAUGCAAAACAUCCACCAGUAAUUCGCUUACAAAUAGAAAAAAAUGAAAUCACUAAUUUGGAUAUACGCGAAACCUUUUCUUGCUGUUGUUGUUGUUACUGCUGUUGUUGUUGCUGUUUUACUGCUGCUGUUGUUUUGUUGUUGUUUUAC